CAUUUGUGGUCUUGGAUGGCUCCUUUCUUCAUAGUUAAUAGUGCGAGGAUUGUAAUUAUCUUUAAAGACAAAGUGCAUUCAAUAUUGCAAGCUAGCAACGUGUUUGAUCUUAUAUCACAGUGAAGACCAUAGGCAAAGUUGACUUGCAAUACGCUUAAGUAUUUACAGACAUUACAAGAAUUAAUCGUGUGACUGUAUCAGUUUAAAUGUUGAUAAUGUUCGAUCCAAGUUCAAUACUUUCAUGUAUUCUCACCUUCUUAUCUACAAUUCUUUUCUUUUUAGUAACUGGUAUUCAGGCACAAGCCAAAAUUCUUCCUCGAGAUGAAGUGAAUGCGCUUCGUGAAAUAGCUAAAGAAUUGGGAAAAGAAGAUUGGAAUUUUGACCUGAACACAUGUGAUGGAGAUCCCAGUUGGAACACAAAUGUACAAGACCCAAGUUCUCAGUAUAACAACAGUGUUGUUUGUGAUUGCUCGUAUCCUGGCAGUGUUUGUCACGUUGUUGAGAUAUCUGUGAAGGGGCAGGAUCUUGCAGGAGUUCUUCCUCCAUCCCUAGCCAAGUUACCAAAUAUCAAGAUAAUUGAUUUAUCGUUUAAUUACCUAAAUGGCACCAUACCUCCUCAAUGGGCAUCAACAAAGCUGAAAUUCAUAUCUGCUACGGCUAAUCGCUUGACAGGGAGUAUUCCAACAUUUUUGGGCAACAUAACCUCACUUUUAUAUCUGGGACUGGAGAACAACAUGUUCUUUGGAGCUGUUCCUGCUGAGCUUGGAAAAUUAAAAAAUUUAACAUCUCUGGUCUUGAGUGCUAAUAAUCUCACUGGUAAAUUGCCGGAGGAGCUUAAUUCUCUGACCAAUUUGAUAGAACUCCGGAUAAGUAGCAACAACUUCAGUGGGAAAAUUCCAAACCUUGGAAACUGCACAAAACUUCAGAAAUUAGAGAUCCAAGGUAGUGGUCUAGAAGGACCAAUACCUGAAAGUCUUUACUUCUUGAGAAAUUUAACAGAACUACGAAUUUUUGAUUUAAGUGGAGAGGUCUCACGUUUUCCAAAUCUGAGUAGGUUGACAAGCUUGAAUAAGUUGAUGUUGAGAAGCUGUAAUAUAACUGGGAUUAUUCCUGGUUAUAUAUCGCAAAUGUUCAAUUUGAGACAUCUAGAUCUCAGUUUCAACAAUCUGAAUGGUGGUAUACCAGAUCUAAGUGAAUUGAAUCUUGAAAAAAUGUAUCUGACUGGUAACUCCCUAGACAACAGUUUUCCUACAUGGAUCACCGGUAAUCUUGUAGUAGAUCUUUCCUACAACAACUUCAGUAAAAACACUGUACCACGAGUUUGUGGUGAAUCACUGAACUUAUUCAGAAGCUACUCUAGUGGGAAUGACUCAGACCUUGGGAAAUGCCUUAGCACCCGUCCUUGCUUAAAGGACUACUAUUCAGUUCAUAUAAAUUGUGGAGGGCCACAAGUUACCAUUGGAAACAAGACUUAUGAAGCAGAUGAAGAUUCAGGUGGACCUGCAAAUUUUGUUCCUUCAAGUGAUCAUUGGGGAUAUAGUAACACAGGAAGCAUCUGGUCUGCGAAUGAAAGUGUUGCAAAUUAUAUUGAAACUAAUGCAUCUGUACUCACUAUGAAUGGCUAUGAACUUUAUAUGAAGGCUCGCCACACGCUCCUGUCUCUCACUUACUAUGGUCGUUGCUUAGCAAAUGGAAAGUAUACUGUGACUCUGCAUUUUGCUGAGAUAGUUUUUAGAGAUAAACAAUCUUACCAGAGUCUUGGAAGACGUGUUUUUGAUGUUUAUGUUCAGGGUGUAAACAUAUUGAAGAAUUUUGAUAUCAAGAUUGAAGCAGGCGGGGUUGAUAAGGAAGUACGUAAAACCUUAAAAGGCAUACGUGUUACUAAUAAGACAUUAGAAAUCCGGUUCCAGUAUGCUGGAAAAGGUACAACAGCUGUUCCAAUUAGAGGAGUGUAUGGCCCUUUGAUAUCUGCCAUUUCUAUGGAGGCUGUGCCACCCCUACGAAAAUGUUCUGCGUCCGCCACUGUAUUUGGGCUACAGAGGACUCUCUUUGGACCAGAGUUCAAGCCUCCAGCUAAAGGCAAAAAAUAUACAUUUGUCAUCAUUGGAGCGGUGGCUGCAUUGUUGUGCCUCAGUCUCAUAGUUCUUGGCAUUGCAUGGAAGGGGGGUUAUAUAGGGGACCAAAAUUCAAGAGAAAAAGACCUAAGAGGAUUGGAUCUGCAGACUGGUGCAUUUACAUAUAGACAAAUCAAGGCUGCCACUGACAAGUUUGCUGAUUCAAAUAAACUUGGCGAGGGUGGUUUUGGGUCGGUUUACAUGGGUACCCUAUUAGAUGGAACUCCAAUUGCUGUGAAGAAACUCUCUUCGAAAUCAAAGCAAGGAAAUCGUGAAUUUGUGAAUGAAAUAGGCAUGAUAGCUGGUAUACAACACCCAAAUGUUGUAAGGCUAUAUGGCUGUUGUGUGGAAGGCAACCACCUACUACUUGUGUAUGAGUACAUGGAGAAUAAUUCUCUAGCACAUGCUCUAUUCGAGCACAAUAACUCUAAGUUGGAAAGUGAUUGGCCUACAAGACAAAGAAUUUGUGUUGGCAUUGCAAAAGGCUUGACAUUCCUGCACAAGGAUUCGGUGCUCAAAAUGGUUCAUAGGGACAUCAAGGCUUCAAAUGUACUCUUGGAUGCUGACCUUACACCAAAGAUCUCAGAUUUUGGUUUGGCCAAACUCGAUGAAGAAAAAAACACUCACAUUACCACUAGAGUUGCUGGAACUAUAGGAUAUAUGGCACCAGAAUAUGCAUUAUGGGGCUACUUAAGCUACAAAGCAGAUGUAUACAGUUUUGGGGUUCUUGCUCUAGAAAUUGUUGCAGGAGAGAAUAAUAUUAAAUAUCGGCCAACUGAAGAUUAUUUUUGUCUUCUUGAUUGGGCCGUUGUUCUGAAACAAAAGGGGAGUUUGAUAGACUUGGUGGAUCCAAGAUUGGGCUCUGGAUUCAACAAAAAAGAGGCAGUGAGGAUGAUCAAAAUUGCUCUAUUAUGCACUAAUAAGUCCCCGGCUCUUAGGCCUACCAUGUCUGAAGUAGUUAAUAUGCUUGAGGGUCGUAUCAAAAUCAAGGAACCAAACAUGAAAGUAACUAUGUCUGAAGAGCAGCUUGUGAUUGGAGAAAUUGGAGAGAAGUUUAAAGAGAUGAAACCCCAUGAGUCUGUUCAAACAGUGAUUUCUAUUGAGGCAACAGCUUCCAGCUCAAACAGCCAGCCUGUAUCCCAAUAGUAAAAAAUUCUGAAGAAUGUUGACAUGUACUAGAGUAAGCAUUAGUAUCAAAGUCAAGUUCUUUAUACUACUAUAAAUGAGAUGUUUAUAUUUCAUUUUAAGGAUUUUGAAACAGUCUUUUUGAAAAAAAUUGUUUGAUACA